AUGGGUUCGAAGAAGCUGAACUACUCUGCAGGUGAUGAACUACCUCUUUUCGCAACACCAGAAGAAGCCAUGCGCGAGGGCCAAAGGCGCGAAGAGGCAGAAAGACGUCGCAGACAAAUGAAAUAUGGCAUGAACUCACACCAGCAGCCGCAAAUGCACCAGCAAUCACAUAUGUCGGUUAAUCCUGCCGUGCAUAAGGCUCCAACACCGCAUUCACAGAGCUCAUCUCAUUACAGACAGCCUAUACCAGCAGCACAGGGCAAUGUUCCUUUACCCUAUGAGCAUGGUGCUGGAGUUGGAAUUGGGUCUGGAGCUGGCAAUGGUUCAUCAAGGAGCCAGUCAAGAGUAUCGUCAUAUGACAUGCAUGGGCAUGGGUCUUCAAGAUCCACCCCACAACUACCUGCUCAGAUGCCAAGCCAGUUGCCCAACCAGAUGCCAGGACAGAUGCCAGGGCAGUUUCCAGGGCAGAUUCCAGGUCAGAUGCCAGGCCAUGGACAAGUUCCUCAUGCAAGUAGUGUACCCAGUAUGAGGAGCUAUUCUCAACCACAUCAACCACAGCCGCAAUUACAGCAUCAGCAACCACCACAGCAACCAAUCCAACAGCCCCAACAACAACCAUUACAACCUCAACAGAAGUACUACCCAAACCAAGCAACAACAAUAAACCACUUACCACCAGAACCACGUGUUUCACACCAACCUGUAGCAUCCCAAACCCAGUACCGCCAACAACUUCCAACAUCUGUUAGCAGUACUAAUUCGGCAGCAUCUAACGAUUCGCUCCAGGAACAGCAAGAUACUCAAAUAGCUACACAACUUUUCAACAACCAUGAUAUAAGGAACAUCGGUAGACUAACAGCAGAUGAACUACAAAAUCUUCUACAAAAUGACGACGGUACCAAGUUCUGUUCUAGCUCGAUCGAUUCCUUACUAAGCCUGUUCGGAGGUUCUAGGUUCGGAACGGUAAACUUGAAUGAGUUUAUUUCCUUAUACAAGCGAGUUAAAAAAUGGAGAAAGUGUUUUGUCGAUAACGACUUGAAUGGCUCCUUUACCUUGACUAUGGCGGAAUACCAUAAAGCAGUCCAGUCAUUGGGAUACCUAAUUCCUUUCGAAGUCAGUGAAAAACUAUUCGAAUGCUAUGCGGAAUUUUUCGAGCAACCGAUGGUCAGUAAAGAAAUGAAAUUUGACAAAUUCGUAGAGACUUUAGUAUGGUUAAUGAGACUCACUAAGGUUUUUAGGAAGUAUGACACUAAGCAAGAGGGCACAGCAACUAUCGAAUACAAAGACUUUAUUGAUAUUACUCUUUAUUUAGGGAAAUUUUUACCCCAUUAA